UUUAGUGCUUAAAGUGACACUUUCAAAUGAGUUUUCGUAUGAGCUGAAAUACUUGUUCCAUUACGUCUACUGUUUCUACUCCCAGUACGUGCUCUACAAGGUUAUCCUGUAACUAUACUUGGCGCUUGCAGUAGACGCACUGACAGGGUCUGUUUAGAGUCCCGAUCGCAUGGCGCAUAUUUGUCAGCUAAUUCUUGAAGUUGUUACAAAAAUAUGUUCCCCACAUUUCUUGCUUGAAUAUUUUUAGUUUUAGAAUACAUUUUCCAUAAGUAAAUAUUUGCCACCUUUUUCAAGUAAAAAACAAUUUAGUCGUCGAUUUUAAGCAUCAAAAAUAUAUUUUAAAGUUUUAAGCUGUUCUUAACAUUCUUUUAAAACCUUUUUCAUACUUUUACUUAUUUCCAUCGUUUGGGCCAUCUUGGAUUCCUUUUUUUUCACGUUCUGUACAUAGUUGUGAAUAUCUUAUAUAUUUCUAGCUCAUUUACUAUCUCCACUAGCUCCCUAUAUCUCUGCCACCUGUUAUGAGAAGAACCAGUCUGCUCAGAAGAACCAGCACUACCGGUUAAUGCAUAUUCCCAACUUCUGGAAACUUCUAAAAGGCUCCAGCAAGGAACUUCCUCCCACUCCCAACACAAACCCCAGGGUAUUCACUAAACGUAGGAAGGUAGGGAGGGCCAGCAGUGAUCGUAAGCAUGGUAAGCAUGGUAAGCAUGGUAACCACCGGGACAUGGAACUGGAGAUCAAGGAGCUGGCAUCUGGGCUGGCAUCUGGGAACCCAGAGAUUUCUGUCUUUAUGAAGUAUAAGUUACCCGAGUUCUCUGAGGUCCAGAGAUACGAUGUUGAGAAGAUCCAGUUCGACCCAGUAUUUAGGCAGAUAUUCGACAUGUACGAUAAAAAUGGAGACAAUGUUAUAAACGUGGAGGAGCUGAGGGGGAUUUUAGAAAUAUUGGGCUACUCUCCUUCUCCUGAAGAAGUGAAAACUAUUUUAGACCGGUUUGACCAGGAUAACUCGGGGACGAUUGAUUUUGACGAGUACUUGGUUUUAAUACAACAUUGGAUAGAGCAGGACGAGGAACAGAUAUACGAAGCUUUUAAGGUUUUUGACAGAGACGGAGACGGUUUUGUGUCAGCACAAGAACUGAAAAGGGCUUUAACACAGUACGGUGAGCAGUUUACGGAGGACGAAGCUAACGAGUUCUUCAAUAUGAUGGACACAGAUGGUGACGGGGUAAUCAACUAUGAAGAGUUUGUGGAAUACCUCAGAAGUAUGCAAAAGUACAGCACAGAAUAAAACGCUUGCAGAGUGAACAAGUGCUGACUGAACAGCUCACUUGCAACAACAGUGCUCUCAAACGCUUGCGGAGUGAUUUUGUCAUCGUUUGUCCAAUCAGAUAAUCUUAUCAGCUCAAGUAAAACCGGAUGAAUAUAAAUCGUGUCACAUUCAUCAUAUAAGUGGAUGUAACAGAACGUGUCACAGAGAUUACGGAGAAUGUGUGACAGAACAAGACGAGCCAAUCAAGACGACGAAAAGAGGACAAAACGACCGUCAUAAUUGUCACGUGACAUUGUAACUUGGUCACGUGGUAUUGUAACUUGGUCACGUGACAUUGCUACUUUGUCAAGUGACAUUGUAACUUGGUCACGUGACAUUGCUACUUUGUCAUGUGACAUUGUUACUUUUGUCACGUGGUAUUAUUACUUUUGUCACGUGGUAUUGUUACUCUUGUCACGUGGUAUUGUUACUUUUGUCACGUGAUGCGGAAUGCGGGUAUGUGGAACACUCUGUCAGUGGGUUAAGUGUGUAUAUAAUCAGAUGUUUAUAAGAGAUGGAAACAAUCAUGUCAAGAACGAAGCUCAGUUGCUACGCGUGCUACACGUGCAGUUGUGAUGCUACACGUGCAGUUGUGAUGCUACACGUGCAGUUGUGAUGCUACACGUGCAGUUGUGAUGCUACACGUGCAGUUGUGAUGCUACACAUGCAGUAGUGAUGCUCCACGUGCAGUUGUGAUGCUACACGUGCAGUUGUGAUGCUACACGUGCAGUUGUGAUGCUACACGUACAGUUGUGAUGCUACACGUGCAGUUGUGAUGCUACACGUGCAGUUGUGAUGCUACACGUGCAGUUGUGAUGCUACACGUGCAGUUGUGAUGCUACACGUGCAGUUGUGAUGCUACACGUGCAGUUGUGAUGCUACACGUGCAGUUGUGAUGCUACACGUGCAGUUGUGAUGCUACACGUGCAGUUGUGAUGCUACACAUGCAGUUGUGAUGCUACAAGUGCAGUUGUGAUACUACACGUGAUACUACAUGUGCUGGGGAUUAGUGGAUGUCAUUUUCAGAAGUUCUGGUAUUGGAUGAUCAAAUAUACUCUUGUUGGAAGAGGAUUGAAACUGGUUCAUUCUGAAUUAUAAGAAGUCGUGAUUCCAUGAAAGAAGGCUUCCAGUUGUAUAAUUUUGCAACAUUUUAUACACGAAAGGCACCAAAUUGCUAUGUAACUUUAUUUGACAACCACUUUUAAUAUCAAAUUGUAUGGCAAAUGUAAGUGGUAUUGAACAGCAAUUCUUUUAACAAUUUGAUUUUACA